UCCCUUCGACUCUCCGUAGAGAAAGGGGAAGCAGCAGCAACAACGCGGGUACCGAUUGCGUAUGAAUAAUAUUUCGCGGGAGUGUAGAGUCAGACUGUCAACACGGACGAUAAGUUAUUAAAUUUAUAACGCAAUGAGUUUGUGGGUAGAUAAAUAUCGACCGACUUCCCUCGCGAAACUAGACUAUCAUAAAGAGCAAGCGACUCAGCUGAAAAACCUGGUUCAAUGUGGUGACUUCCCUCACCUGUUGGUGUACGGGCCGUCAGGCGCGGGGAAGAAGACCCGCAUCAUGUGUCUGCUGAGGGAGCUGUAUGGAGCUGGGGUGGAGAAGCUCCGCAUAGAGCACCAGACCAUCGUGGCUCCUUCAAAGAAGAAAAUUGAGAUUAACACAAUAGCCAGCAACUACCACUUGGAAGUCAACCCAAGUGAUGCUGGCAACCAGGACCGUGUAGUGAUUCAGGAGCUAAUUAAAACUUUGGCUCAGUCCCAACAGAUCCAGUCAAGCUCCCAGAGAGAGUUUAAAGUGGUGUUGCUAACCGAGGUGGACAGACUCACAAAGGAUGCCCAGCAUGCUUUACGCCGGACAAUGGAAAAGUACAUGUACACCUGUCGUCUCAUCCUCUGCUCUACCUCCACCUCCAAAGUCAUUGGGCCAAUUCGGAGCCGUUGUCUGGCUAUCAGAGUUCCUCUGCCGAGCACAGAAGAGGUCUGUAAUGUCCUGACAUCAAUCUGUAAAAAGGAAGGUCUGCUCCUCCCACCUGAGCUUGCCAAGCAAAUCUCUGACAAGUCUGGUCGCAACCUCCGCAAAGCCCUUUUGAUGUGUGAGGCCUGCAGAGUGCAGCAGUAUCCAUUCUCAGCUGUCCAAGACGUCCCAACGACGGACUGGGAGGUCUACCUCAGAGAAACCGCUAAUGCCAUCGUCAGCCAGCAGAGCCCUCAGAGGUUGUUAGAGGUUCGAGCCAGGCUGUACGAGUUGCUGACUCACUGCAUCCCUCCUGAUGUCAUUAUGAAGGGUCUGGUAACAGAGUUGUUGAGUAACUGCGAUGGUCAGCUGAAGACAGAGGUGGCUCAAAUGGCAGCCUACUACGAACACAGAUUGCAGCUGGGCAGCAAAGCUAUCUACCACCUUGAGGCCUUCACCGCCAAGUUCAUGGCCAUCUACAAGAAAUUCAUGGAAGACGGUCUGGAUGACAUGAUGUUUUGACUCUGAAUUGACUUAAAUACAGAUACUUGAGUCAACAGCCCUUGUUGAUUUCCUGAUCUCUUUUGCCCCAACAAGACUUUCAGUGGACUUAAUACAGAUUUACAACUUUGUAACUUUAUUCUGCAAGGCAUAGUGGCAACGUUGACAUAACUCACCCUAGAAUGAAUCUUGAUAGUCUUACACUUAGUGGCAUUAUGCAGCGAAUUUUGGGCCAAAAACUUAGCACUCUACUCAGUUUGUAAACCUUGAACUGUCACAAGUGGUGUAAAAAAUCUUAACAAAGCAGUUUUGAUGGUAGCAGGCAGUUAUUUGUAUUAAAAAUAUACUGCAAGGACAAAUGUUUUCCUAAGAAUAUGCAUAAAAUAGAUUGCUUUGUUUAUUAAAAAGUCUGGUGUUACACUAUG